AUGGUUGCAUUCUCCGCUUUUGCUCUGGGGGCUCUGUUCAGCCAGGCGUGGGCUAUGCCCGCUGCCUCGAACCCGGUUGAGAGCUCUGCUGCCGCUCCCACAGCUGCUUCUACCUCUCUGCCCGUGGCAGCUGCCCAGCUGGACCAAUUGGCUGAGUUUGCGUUCAACACCUCGAGCGCUAGCGUCUCCAGUGACUCGGAGAUCGAGAAACGCGGAGGUUGUGGGAUCCAUAACCUUCGCAUUCGUCGCGAUUGGAGAACCUUCUCGACAAAGCAGAAGAAGUCCUAUAUCAACUCCGUGCUUUGUCUCACGAAGAUGCCAGCCCGCACCCCCUCCAACGUGGCCGCUGGUGCCAAGUCUCGUUACGAUGACUUCGUUGCUACGCACAUCAACCAGACUCUCGGAAUCCACUACACUGGUACAUUCCUGGCGUGGCACCGUUACUUCAUCUGGAAUUUCGAGGAGGCCCUCCGUAACGAGUGUGGCUACACCGGUGACUACCCCUAUUGGAACUGGGCCGCUGAUGCUCACGACUUGGAGAACUCCCAAGUCUUCGACGGCAGCGACACCUCCAUGUCCGGCAAUGGUGCCUACACCCCGGCAGCCGGCGACAUCCAACUGGCCCUCGGAGCUUACCCCAUUGUCCACCUCCCCACUGGAACGGGUGGUGGCUGUGUCACCAGCGGUCCCUUCAAGAACUUCAAGGUCAACAUGGGUCCAGCUGCCCUAGUUCUCCCCGGCGGAAAUGUCAGCGUUGCAGCAAACCCACUGGACUACAACCCCCGUUGUCUGAACCGUGAUCUGACGACCGCCAUCGUCCAGAGCUAUGCGAACUACACCUCCGUCGUGGAUCUCAUCCUUCGUCACGACUCCGUCUGGGACUUCGAGAUGAACAUGCAGGGUGUCCCCGGAAGCGGUUCUAUCGGUGUUCACGGUGGUGGUCACUACGCUAUGGGUGGUGAUCCUGGUCGUGAUGUCUACGUUAGCCCCGGUGACCCGGCUUUCUGGCACCACCACGGUAUGAUUGAUCGUACCUGGUGGAUCUGGCAGAACUUGGACCGCAAGAAUCGUCUCAAUGCCAUUUCUGGCACUGCUACUUUCUUGAACGCACCUGCGUCGGCAAACACUACCUUGGAUACUCUUGUUGACGUUGGCCUUGCUGGUGAAGGCCCGAUUGCUAUGCGCGAUAUCAUGAGUACCACUUCUGGUCCUUUCUGCUAUGUCUACCUUUGA